AGACAAGAAAGGGAUACAAGUAAAAGGGCUUAUUAAACUAUGGUGACUAUAUUGAAGAAGUGGGCGUGACUCAAUGCUACUAUGGUAGACGCUACGGAUAUUGAUCAAGCCGUAAUAUUUAAAUACCCAAUAAUGUGAGCAAGCAUAUCUAUGUCGUAUUGUGUUUGGAUAACAUCUAACGUACUGUCAUUUAUUAGAUAAUAAGACCUAUUGCGAUCUCGAUCUCUCAAAGGUCUAUAUCUGCAGACUACUAAAUCAUUCAGAUCAGAUGCUGAUAUACACAGGACCUUUAACAACUUAGCUGAAUAUCGCCAAAUUAAAUUAGCUUCUAAGAAAUUUACAAUCUGUGAAAACCAAUUUAGUCUUAGGAAUUGUCAUCUAACACUAUUCCAUAAAGAACGAGUAACAAGAACGGGAAACAACUUUGGAGGACUCUCGGUGGAUACGGAACAUAUCUUGUGAAAUCUGUGAUAUCCUCACGGAAAAUAUAACAGCUCUAUUUUGUAACUUAUUUUUGGUUAGUAUAGAAUGGGCAACAACUAUGGUCUGCCAACCAAGCAGCAGAAACAAUGCAACACCACUCCUAGAGAGACUGCCCUGAUGGGUGCCGUGCUGCAGAAUGAGGUAAACCAAGUAAAACGCCUGGUUAAGAGUAGCAAGGCUGACAUAGAUGUGGUCAAUUCUGAUGGCAACACGGCAUUGGAUCUAGCCCUUUUGACUGUCAUGAGUUCGGAAGCCUCAACAGUUCCAAUAGAUAUAGUAAAGGUCUUAUUACGUGGAGGAGCGGAUAAAUUGUCUCAUCAGACGCUAUUCAAGACCAUCGGGGUGUUGAUCAUAAAGGAACAGACUUCCAAUGAGCUAUCUGUGCUCUCUCAAGUUAUAUCUGAGCAUACUAGGUCACAGACAAUACGAGGGCUGUUCUUGCAGUGUCUGGUGCGUGGAGAACGCCCAGACUUAAUAGAACAACUUCUUGCUAAGGGAUGUAAUCCCCUCCUAUUUUGGGAGGAUCAGUAUAAUCUCCUAGACCAAUACGAUACAAUGGUAGGAGUAAGCUACUUCGAGAGGGAACGUCUUGUACCACCGGAUGUCGCACUACUUUUUAUCAAAGCUGCGACAAAUAAAAACAAAUCAACAGUUCUUCAAAAGGUUGUUUCGGAUAUGCUAAAGUAUGACCGUGGAUUCUUCACAGAGGAACGUAUGGACCAAGCACGUGAACUUUAUUCCGUUAUUAAAAAGAGCUCUCAUGAACUCGGCCCAUCAGAAGAAGAAAAAUUAAGUUGGAUAAAGUGAAUAUACCAUAUCUGACUUUUCAUCAUGAUCUGUUUAAUGGUUCUGAUUUAAUGUCACAAGAACAUUGAAUCAAAUGCAAAGAUAUAAUGAAUGCUAUGUGGAACUGUUGCUUCAUACUAUAUGAGGUGAAGCAGUUGCAUGUUACCUGAGCCGAAUAGUGAAUGUUGUUGGUAUGGUCUGCUUCGGAACAAUCCGUAAAAUGCAUGGGUAUCAACACAUUGUGUAGCUUGCACACAUUUAUUGAACGUCUCUGAGCUAUAAGUGGGAACUUUAGUGAAUGCAUCAUAGUGAAAAUCUUUAAUAUUCCUGAAAUAAAAGUUUUUUGGGGGGAAUUUUUAGAAAAAGACAUGUCAAGGAAUGAUAUGAGCCAAAUAUUCAAAAAUUCAAACAAUUUUUGUUAAGCCUGUUUACUAGAUCUGAUUCUCCC